AUGGGACGCGUCAUCCGCUCACAACGUAAGGGUCGCGGGUCCGUGUUCAGGGCCCACACCCACAAGAGAAAGGGGGCUGCCAAGCUCCGCGCUCUGGACUAUGCAGAGAGGAACGGCUACAUCAAGGGGCUGGUGACUUCCAUCCAGCACGACCCCGGCCGCGGCGCUCCUCUUGCUGUUGUUUCCUUCCGUGAUGCUUAUCGCUACAGAAUCAACAAGGAGACGAUGCUGGCUGUGGAGGGGCUGCACACUGGCCAGUUCAUCCACUGCGGCAAGAAAGCCGACCUGACCAUCGGAAAUGUGCUGCCUCUCGGAAAGGUGCCAGAGGGUACAGUGGUUUGCUCUGUGGAGGAGAAGGCCGGAGACAGAGGCACCAUUGCCAAGACUUCCGGGUCCUUCGCUACUGUGGUUGGUCACAGCGAAGAAACCGGCAAGACCCGCGUGCGGCUGCCCUCCGGCGCCCGCAAGACGCUGCCCUCGCGCUCGCGGUGCAUCAUAGGGCUGGUGGCUGGUGGGGGCCGUAUAGACAAGCCCCUGCUGAAGGCGGGCACGGCCUACCACAAGUACAAGGCCAAGAGGAACUGCUGGCCUAAGGUGAGGGGUGUGGCGAUGAACCCCGUGGAGCAUCCUCACGGUGGUGGUAACCACCAGCACAUUGGCCACCCCUCGACUGUGUCUCGGACUGCGCCUCCAGGCCAGAAGGUGGGUCUUAUUGCUGCCAGGCGCACGGGUCUGUUGCGCGGUGGGCGGAAGAGCAAGCUGGUGGGCAAGGACAAGUGA